AUGGGAUACGAUUAUGAAAUACAUUAUAGAAGGGGCAACGAUAAUAAUGCAGCUAAUGCUCUUUCAAGGAUGCCAAAAAGUGAGUUUUUCCAUGUGUCUUUGCAGACUUGUUCAGAUUUCCUUUUUCUGGAAAUCCAAAAGAGCUGGGAUGAGAAUGUUGAUUUGCAAGCUUUAAAAGCUCAUUUGCAACAGAAGGGACAUGUAGAAGGCAACUAUUCUUGGGAUGGUCAGCAUUUAAGAAGGAAUGGCAGAUUAGUGGUGGGAAAUAUUCCAAGUGUAAGGCAGAAAAUAUUGGAAUGGCUUCAUGCAAGUCCACAAGGAGGACAUUCAGCAUCUACCUUGGCACAGGAAUUUUUAGACCAUGUGUACAAAUUGCAUGGGUCACUGGUCGAGAUUAUUAGCGAUAGAGAUCCCCUCUUUAUCAGUAAUUUUUGGAGGGAAUCUUUGAAGGUUUUGGGAGUGGAACAGAAGCUUACCUCCUCGUAUCACCCACAAAUAGAUGGGCAGUCAGAGGUUCCUCGUAUGCAUAUUCCAUAUUUGCCUAGAGAUGUGGUAGUGGAAGCUGUUGACAGAACUUUUUCAGCAAGAGAAGAGACUUUAGCAAUGGUGAAAUAUCAUCUCAAUAGGGCUGUGAAUAGAAUGAAGCAAAAAGCAGAUUUGCACAGAAGUGAUAGAGAGUUUGAGGAAGGACAAUGGGUAUUUCUUAAAUUACAGCCUUAUCGUCAGAUUUCUACAGCCUCAAGAAGCUCUCAAAAAUUAGCUCCAAGAUAUUUUGGGCCUUAUAGAAUCUGUAAGAAGAUAGGGCCAGUGGCAUAUGAGCUGGAAUUACCUCCAAAAUCAAGGGUUCACUCUACUUUGCAUGUUUCAUUGCUCAAAUUAUGCACUGAUCCUUCAGUAAAGCAGCAGCAUCCCCCUAUUGAUUGGCCAGAAUCUCCUUCAGAUUUGAUUCCAGACAAAAUAUUGAAUGAACAGAGGGGUAGAAGAAAAGGCAGGAUUAUUACGGAAGUUCUUGUGAAAUGGAAGAACCUUCCAGAUGAAGAGGCUAGCUGGAUUUCUUUGUUUCAGUUACAGAAACAGCACCCUAGUUUUGUCACUUCUAACCCUUGA